GUGUGGCGUUCUUCUGUUGCUGUGUCCGGCUCUGUUCGCCUUUGUUCAGUUCCGGCCAGCACGCCUGGCCCCCAGCCCUGCGACUCGAGUUGCAGCUGCUGCGGAGUCUCGUACGGUUGCUGAAGACAAGGAGAUUUCGGACAAGCUUGAUGAGGUCCUGAAGAAAAGAGGUUUGAAGAAGGACGUUAGCCCGGAGGAAGAUGAUGCGAGCUCUUUGUCGGAGAGCGCCAAAAAGGCCGUGGACAAGGCCACGGGGAAGAAGCUGAAGCGACGCGAGCUCAAGGCCCCGAAGAAGAAGUCCAGGUCCAUUGUCAAGAAAAGCUUGGAUGAGGUGCUGAAGUCUGCCAGCGACGAUGACGAACGGCCAAACUUUCUGCCAGCCAAGCGGGACGUUUACAAAGAGGUUGGCAUCACAAGGCAGGAGGUGGAGAGGUAUUGGAAGCGUCGUGAUGAAAGUUCCAAGAACUUCGUUGACAAGUUUGUGGGACCGUACUUCCUCAUCAUUCCAGUGUUGGUCUUGAUCAUCUUGUACUUGAUCUACGACUCCUAUGCCAAUCCCCAGGAGUUCUCUUUACUUUCCUUCUUUGGCGUGAACUUUGUUUUGGGGGUUCGAUCGUGGGAUUCCUGGCAGCAGCCUGCCCUUAAAUGCACGUUUGCAGGACUGGGGAUUGAGGGCGCAAAGAAGCUCUGGAUUUGCUGCCGAGUGGACCUGACCAUGCUGACGUUUUACAUAUGGAUGGCAGAACGAGCAGAGCACAAGAAGGUGCAUCCUGCUGGCAUCCACAGAAGAAAGCCCAAGGCUUUCGAGCUUAUCGACCGGGGCAAUGCCGAACUGGGCAUUCAGCCCACCGUGAGCGUGCAUGGCAAGAUCUUCCAGAUCUGCAACAAGUCGCUGUUCGUCUUUGGUCUAGAUGGCUGGACCAGACGUUGUGUGAUGAGUUUGGUUGGAUGGGUAUGGUUCGACCGGAUCAUCCUCUUUCUCAUUGCAUUGAAUUCAAUAGGCCUCGCCCUGGUGGACUGGCGGAGUGAUGCCAACACAGGUUUUAACGGGUUCUACAACAACGUCUUGGACCUGGGGCUCACGAUCUUUUUCACCCUGGAGGGCAUCUUGAAGGUUGUCGCCUGGGGCUUCUUCUGGGACAGAAACUCUUAUCUUCGAGACGCCUGGAACUGGCUGGACUUCAUCGUGAUCUUGACAGCUUGGGCGACCUAUCUGCCAGGAGGUGGAGCAGACAGUCUGGGCUUCUUCCGUGUCUUCCGCGCCUUGCGGCCGCUGCGGUCGCUCAACGCGGUUCCGCAGAUGAAGGUGCUCGUGAACACGGUCAUUAGCUCUGUUCCCCGCCUCGGCAACGUGUCCGCUGUGGGAGCCUUCCUUUUCCUCGUCUUUGGCAUCGUAGGUGUCACUCUGAUGAGCGGUGUUUUUAAUCGGCUAUGCCACACAGCUCAGAAUCCGGUUCUAGUGUUUCAAAACGGCACCGGGACCCAGUGCUGGUCCUGGCCCUAUGCAGACGACGACCGCCUGUGUGGCGGCGCCUACAACUGCGAAGCGUCUGGCGGCUUCUGUGGUGGCCUCGAAGAGGACCAACGGGAGGAGCUGAGGCCCAACUUCGGCGUGAAUGGCAGGAUGAACUUGCCCUGGUGCGUUGGAAGUGAGCCCAAAAAGCUGACACCCGAUUCGGAGUACAUGAACUUCGACAACAUGUUGUGGGCUUUGCUAGUGGUCUUCCAAUGCAUGACAAUGGAGGGCUGGACCGAUAUCAUGUACCGCGUGCAAGAUGCCUACGACUUUGUGGCUGCCACGCUCUACUUCUUCUUGCUGAUACCGCUUACUUCUUUCUUCCUGCUGAAUGUAGCGCUGGCCGUGGUAGACGAGGCCCGCGCCGACUUUGACGAGGAGGAGGCAUCGGAAGAAGAAGAGAGCAAUGAAAAGGACGGAGAAGCCCUCCGAAAGUCUCUUCUAGGCGAGGACGACGAGGAUCCGGACGAGCAGCCGCCCUGGCUGGAUUGUAGUCUUGUGCAUACCUGCAGAGCCAUUGCCUUCAGCGAGUGGUUUAUGAACAUUAUCAUGCUCUUUAUUGUCAGCAAUGUCAUCACGAUGAUGAUGGAGAGCUUCCCGCCACCCGGGGCUCCCCAGCAGGACAUAGUGGGUUCACUGGAACUUACCUUUCUGGUGGUCUUCUGUGUGGAGAUGGCCGUCUUGCUGACUGCACUAGGCCCGCACAAGUACUUCUCGAAUCCAGUGACGGCUUUCGAUGGUGUCAUCGUGAUCACUUCUGUCGUCCAGAUGUGCGUUGGGCAAGCUGGCCCGUUUACAGCGCUGCGGACGCUGCGCCUCUUCAGGGUCCUGAACAAACUGGCCAACCGCUGGCCGUCUUUUAAGGUGCUCCUGAAGGCAAUGGUGUUGACAGCCAUUUCACUGAAUUACUGGCUCAUCCUCUUUGCGCUGGUCCUGUACAUCUGCACGCUUAUGGUGCAAACAUUCUUUGCAACGGAGUUUCACUUCAACGAUCCUGACAGUUUCGAUUUUGUGACCAACCCUGGUGAGUUUUGGUGUCCUGGGACGGAGAAUGAGAAAGAGGCAGCUUAUCGUCAGGACUGCAUCCCGCGUGCCAACUUCGACACAUUCCUUUGGGCUUUGGUCACCAUCUUCCAGAUCAUGACAGGUGAGAACUGGAACACCGUGAUGUAUGCAGGGAUGCGAGCUGCAGGUCCUGGUUUUUGCCUCCUAUUCGUGCUGCUUAUCCUUUUUGGUCAGACGCUUUUCCUCAGCUUGUUCCUUUCCAUGCUGAUGUCCAAGUUCGACCACGUACAGGACAGCUUGAACCAGCAAGAGGACUUGCGAAGAGAACACACGGCGCAGCGGCUCAGAAAAAAGUCGCUGGAAUCGUGUUCCAUUGAAUUCCCAGAGAGUCCGAAGCCGGCGAGCAGCCGCGUGUUGCACUCGGCCAAGAGCAUGGCCGAGAGCCUCUCCAGCUUCAAGCGGUCGCUCACGGAGAGGGACACCUGGCCAGUGGGCUACGCAUGGUUCAUCUUCUCCAAGACCAAUCCCGUUAGGAAGCUCUGCCAUUGGAUCUUGCACGCCCAGGUCGAGGUCGGAGGCUGCAAGAUCCUGUGGGUUAAAACACCCAAAAUUCGAUUGGUCUUUGAUAACUUCAUUCUGCUAUGCAUCCUGGUGUCCACGGUUACCAUGGCCAUGGACUCUCCCUUGGCGGACCCAAAAGAGUCCCUGACGAUCUUCUUGCGCGGUGCAGACGAGGUGUUUGCCAUCAUCUUCAUUGGAGAGAUGGUCAUCAAGCUUCUUGCUUUGGGCCUGAUCUGGGGCGAGGAUGCCUACCUGAAGAGCGCCUGGAACUGGCUCGAUGGUGUGGUGGUCAUGGUCUCCAUCAUCAACAUGGCCAGCGCCAGCUCCACGGGCUUCCUGAAGACGCUCCGCAUCCUCCGUGCUUUCCGGCCGCUACGCGUCAUCUCGCGCAACGAAAACCUGAAAGUCGUGGUGCAGACAAUCUUCGCUUCCAUGCCUCACCUGCUGACCUUGGUCAUCGUGGCAAUGCUCUUCCUUCUGAUUUUCGCUUUGUUCGGGCUGUCCUACCUUAACGGCACAUUUUUGAUGUGCGAUCUGGCGACCGAGCCGGGCCUUGCGAAAGAGCUGGGUCAGGACUUUACAACACCGUUGUGUUUGCCGCCUGCAAUAGAUCAGGUAACCGUCUCCGGUGGACUGACCCAUGGCCAGUUCCAGCCAAGCACAAGCAGCUGGGCUGGCAACACCACAGCCUGUCCGGGCUCGCAUUACGUGGAAUAUCAGCGGAUUACAGCAGACACGCCUAUCUGUAUUGGACGCUGUCUCCCUGAAGGCUACUCCACGUUUACUCAACCGGAAUGGCUCUGCCCAAAGGCCCUGACCAUGACGGAAGAACUGCCAGCAGCCUGCGGACCUGAAGUCACCAGGAACAUUUCCGCUGCUGAACAACGAGGGAUUGCGUACGUGGACCAGAUGACUCGAUCUCUGGUUCUUCCCUGCGGCGGGAGUACUGUGAACUCCACUGGCCACAUGGUACUUACGGCACAGGGGAUGAGCUGUGCUGACCUUUUCUGCGGCGAGGUCGACGAAGAUGUGAAGACCCAGUGCCGUGCGACUUGCAGCCAGGCUCCAUACUUCUGCGUGGAUGCAUGCGGGCCGGGAUUAGAAGGAAGUGCCCAAUGUGAGUCCUGCAAGUACGAGUGCGAGGCGCAGUGCAGGUGCCCAGAGUUCUGCGAGGGCCUGAUCCGAGAUGCUGCGCUCUGCCUGGAGCAGGGCUCGAGGUGGGUGCCAACCAUCAGCCAAAACUUCAACAACAUUUGGUUUGCAAUGCUCACCCUCUUUGAGAUUUCGACCACGGAGGGCUGGGUGGAUGUGAUGUACUCUGCUGCAGAUUCUGUGCAGCCUUACGUGCAGCCCAAGAGAGACAACCAAGAGAUGCUGUGGGUUCCGUUCUUUAUGCUGUACCUUUUCUUUAGCAAUAUGUUCAUCAUCAACUUGAGCGUGGGCGUCAUUGUCGACAAGUUCAUGUCUAUGAAGCAAUCCAACACUGCGGUGAUGCUGACAGAACCACAGAAGAACUGGGUGAACUCCAUCAUGAGCCUGUACUCAAGGCGGCAGAUUGUCAACCUCAUGGACCUUCACGAGAAGCCUUGGUUGAGACGGAAAUGCUACGAGCUGGUAUCCAGCGAAUUCUUCGAGACCAGCAUCAUGGGUGCAAUCGUGAUCAACACGCUGUUCCUGGCAGCCAAGAUCACUCCAACCCCGUUUCCGGAGUGGGAGACAUUUCUGGAGACAGUGAACUAUAUCUUUGCCGGGAUCUUCACCGUUGAGUGCGUGCUCAAGAUAUUCGCUUUGCGAACCAACUACUGGGGAGACCGAUGGAACUGCUUCGACUUCACAUGCGUUGUUGCCACGAUUGUGGGCAUUGUCGUCAGCAGAGCCUCCAAUGUGGACGUCUCACUUGUCUGCGGAACAGAACAGAGCCAAAGGUCAUCCGUCGCAGAAAUCUUUAAGCACUUUGGAACUUCAGCAUCUUGCCUGGUGGACUUGUGGACUCCUUCCCCUGGCAAGCUCCCUCGCGACCUGGCUCUGGCGGUGGCCGAUGAGGCGCCCGCAGAGGAGGGCGGCUUCAUGACCAAGGUCUUCGCAGCAGCAGCCCAGGGCUGUACCGCCGCGCUCGUGGCCGCGAUCCUGUCCGCCAUGUGCGAGCCCCUGGUGAACAGGCUGCUGGUGAAGCGCAUGACCGUGGCCCAGGCCUAUUCUGAAGUUACCUUCAGCCUCGUUGCCAACUUCUUCCUCACGACCUUCCCGACGAACAUGCUGAAGUUUCCAGUCUUUGAGGUCAUCAACAGGGCCAUGAUGUACACUAGCCUCUCCCCCGGUGUGAGCGGUUUCAUCAGCGGCUGGCUCUUCUGCACGAUCAUGCUCCCCGUGACCAACUACCGCUUCCGCAAAUCCAUGGGCUGGGAGAUCAAGGCCUCCCUGCUCUACCAGGCUUACAUUCCCACGGUGGCCCGCGACAUCAUCUACGGCUGGGCCCGUGGACUGGCCGGGCCUCGCAUCCAGGAUGCGCUCGCCCCGACCACCUUCACGCACAAGGCCAUGGUCUUCGGGCUCACGAUCUGGGCCUCCUGCAUCAUCUCAUCUCCUUGCAACGAGUGGCGUGGAUACACCCUGCAGCCUCCUGACAAGAAGCUCCCCUUCAACAUCUACUUCAAGCCGAUCAACUACGCACGCUCCACGGGUAUCGGAUCCACCAUCAUGGGAGUGGCCCUGUGCUUCGGAAUGCUGGUGACACCCUAUGCUGAGGAGGCCUUUGCAUACAUGAAGGAGCACACAGCCAUUGCGAUGGCCGUCGUCGCUGUGUUGAUCAUCGUGAUUGUCAGGAUCGACCCCAUCAUCCAAGUGAUCCGCAUCUUUCGCAUUGCGAGAUUGUUCCGGCUACUACGAUUCUUGAAGGGCUUGAACAAGAUCUUCAUGGCAUUGUUGAUGUCAUUACCAAAGCUCAUGAACGUGCUACUCAUCCUGUUGCUCUUGCUCAUCCUUUACAGCAUUCUGGGCGUCAGUCUUUUCUCGACGACCAAGCUCGGAGAGACUUUGAAUGUUCAUGCGAACUUCCAGAACUUCCUUCUGGCCUUCAUCACACUGUUCCGAGCGUCCACGGGGGAGGCCUGGAAUGAGAUUAUGCACGAGCUGGCGAUGACGGAGGCCGUCAUGAUGGAGCUAAACUGGAGUGCUGAAGGCUGCGCGCAGGACGGCACACUGCUGGCUGGCGCCGAUGCAUCUCGCUUCGUCUCCGUGGACAUCCCGAGUCUGGGAUCACCAGAACCUAAGGUUAAGGGAGGCUUUGAUGCCUUCCUUGCGGAAAAUCCGCACUUAGAGUCGCAAGCAUACAACGAAAUCAAGAAAUGUGCCAACUGCGGAAAGCCAUGUGCAGUCACCAUGGACAUUUGCAACUCAUGUGGUGCGUCCUUAGCGGACAUCGCGAUCAGCAAGAGUGCGAACCUUUUCGUCGGUUUCAUCUUUGGUGUGGACAAGGCCAACUUUCCUCUCAAGAUCUCGAUGAGGCAUGAGACAGAGGACAUCAUGGUAUUCGACGAUCCGCUUGCAAUCACUCGGGCACAUGUCCUGUCGGUGUACUGUCCCGACAUCCGUUCGCUGUUCUCUGACCCUCCCAAUGCAUUGGUGCUGCUCAAUAAGAUGGAGCAGGCCGCGUGGACGGCUCUGGAACAGGGUCCUCUGGCCUCUGAGGCCUGGCGGCGUCAG